CAGAGAACGAGAGCGAGAGAGAAAUGGAGGGAAUAGAGCACAGAAUGUUAAACGUAAACGGCAUAAACAUGCACGUAGCCGAAAAGGGACAAAAAGGCCACCCAGUGGUGCUAUUCCUCCACGGCUUUCCCGAGCUCUGGUACACCUGGCGCCGCCAGAUCUCCGCCUUGGCCGCCCUCGGCUACCGCACGCUAGCCCCGGACCUCCGCGGCUACGGGGACACCGAAGGCCCCGCAGCCGCCGAGAAGUACACGUGUCUUCACGUGGUUGGGGACAUGAUUGCCUUGCUGGACGCUCUGGAAGCUCAUGAUAAGGUGUUCUUGGUGGGCCACGACUGGGGGGCCCAGGUAGGGUGGUACUUGUGCUUGUUCCGGCCUGAUAGGGUGAGGGCGUUUGUGGCUCUUACGGUGCCGUUUAGCCCGAGGCGUCCGAAGAUGAAGCCUGUCGAGAGCAUGCGGGCUUUCUUUGGAGAGGAGUACUACAUGUGCAGGUUUCAGAAACCUGGAGAGAUUGAAGCUGAGAUUGCGAAGUAUGGUACCGGAGAAGUACUAAAGAAAAUUCUAACAGAUCGGAAACCAGGCCCGCCUCGUCUGCCCAAAGAAAACCCUUUUGGGAUUUCUCCAAACGCGUCUCCUCUGCUGCCCUCUUGGAUUUCGGAAGAUGAUCUCAAGUACUACGCCGAUAAAUUUGAACAUAAAGGUUUCACUGGAGGACUGAACUACUACCGAGCUUUGGAUUUAAAUUGGGAGCUCACGGCGCCAUGGACUGGAGCACGAGUGAAUGUUCCUGUUAAGUUUAUCGUAGGGGAUCAAGACAUGGUUUACACGACGCCUGGUGUGAAGGAGUAUGUGCACAGUAUCGACGGGUUCAAGAAAGAUGUGCCAUUGCUGGAGGAACCCGUUGUGAUGGAAGGAGUCGGUCACUUCCUCAACGAAGAGAGGGCAGAGGAAGUUAACACACUCAUUCAUGAUUUUAUCAAAAAGUUUUGAACGGCUUUGUGAUCGAGCUCCUCGUGAUUUUACCUCUUUUUCUGUCUUGCAAAUCUACUGUCACUUCCACUGUCGGAGGCUAAAAAUGCAGAACUUACUGCAAGCAACUAUUGGAACAUCAGUGCUUGAAUAAAAUGUUGACGCUCAUGUUCACGUAAAA